CAGACCAUAAGGCAUAAUGCGCUCACAUAAACUUCAGCAGCAUAUUGACUCAUUUUCAUAGUUUUCAACUUUCAAUUCAAUCUCAACACAAACCCAAACAAAUCAAUCAAAUUCAAACAAAAAAAUGGUGUCAGCACAAACUAAUUCCAUUGAUUACGUAAUGGAAAAGGCAUCAGGUCCGCACUUCUCCGGCCUCCGUCUCGACGGUCUCCUCUCUUCUCCGCCGUCUUCCUCCACUUCUUCCCCCGUUCACCGCCUCAGCUCUUCUUCCUCUUCCCCUCUCGCUCCCAAACAGCCCUUCGUCAUCGGUGUGUCUGGUGGUACGGCUUCUGGUAAAACUACUGUCUGUGACAUGAUCAUUCAACAGCUUCACGAUCAUCGUGUUGUUCUUGUUAAUCAGGAUUCGUUUUACCGUGGUUUAACGCCUCCGGAAUUAGAACGCGUUCACGAGUAUAAUUUUGAUCACCCUGAUGCUUUUGAUACCGAACAGCUUUUAGAUUGUAUUCAAAAGCUAAGAAGUGGACAGCCUUAUCAAGUUCCAAUUUAUGAUUUUAAAAGUCACCGUCGCUGUUCUGAUAGUUUUAGGCAGGUAAAUGUUUCUGAUGUAAUCAUUGUGGAGGGAAUUCUGGUUUUUCAUGACCAGCAUGUUCGCAGCCUGAUGAACAUGAAGAUUUUUGUUGACACAGAUGCGGAUGUGAGGCUUGCUCGCAGAAUAAGGCGGGACACAGUUGAGAGGGGUAGGGACAUAAACUCUGUUCUUGAGCAGUAUGCUAAAUUUGUCAAGCCUGCUUUUGACGAUUUUGUUCUGCCAUCAAAGAAGUAUGCCGAUGUGAUAAUACCCAGAGGAGGUGAUAAUCAUGUCGCCAUUGAUUUAAUAGUGCAACAUAUCCGCACAAAACUUGGUCAACAUGAUCUUUGCAAAAUAUAUCCGAAUGUUUAUGUCAUUCAGUCAACAUUUCAGAUAAGAGGUAUGCAUACACUGAUUCGGGACAAGGAAAUUUCAAAGCAUGACUUCGUAUUUUAUUCUGACCGCCUAAUCCGACUGGUUGUGGAGCAUGGUCUAGGUCAUUUGCCAUUCACAGAGAAGCAAGUAAUUACACCAACAGCAUCUGUAUACACUGGUGUUGACUUCUGCAAGAAAUUGUGUGGGGUUUCCAUUAUUCGAAGUGGAGAAAGUAUGGAAAAUGCACUGCGUGCAUGCUGCAAAGGCAUAAAAAUUGGAAAGAUUCUUAUCCACCGUGAUGGAGACAAUGGGAAACAGCUAAUAUAUGAGAAGCUGCCUAAGGAUAUUUCAGAGAGGCAUGUCCUACUUCUAGAUCCUGUUCUUGCUACAGGUAACUCUGCUAACCAAGCAAUAGAACUACUCAUACAGAAAGGAGUUCCAGAAUCCCACAUUAUUUUCCUAAAUCUAAUCUCUGCUCCCGAGGGUAUCCAUUGCGUUUCCAAAAAGUUCCCAUCCUUAAAGAUUGUCACCUCGGAGAUUGAUGUUGCAUUAAAUGAAGAAUUCCGUGUUAUACCGGGUAUGGGUGAGUUUGGGGAUCGAUAUUUUGGCACUGAUGACUAAUUGUGAUGAUGUUACAACUAUUAUUGGUAUAUGGAAGAAUUGUGAUAAUUGUUUGUGAAUUGCUUUCAUUAGAAGCUAGUUAAUUAGUUUUGGAGGGAGACACGUAUCUUCACGUCAUUGGUUUUUGCAGAGUCAGAGAUUCUGUUCUGAGCUGUAUUAGGUGGCAUUGGAUUCUUGAGCUUCUGGCCUUUGUAAUAUAAUCUAAAAAGUUUGAUUAAUAAAGAGUUGCCCUCUCU